AGGGACCAACUAUAAUUAAAAAGGAACAUUUCCAGCUGCAGUUUGCGCCCAACCGUCGAUGGAUUUCUGACAGUAUCCCUCACCAUUUCACAUCCUGAAAAUCAAAGAGCACACAAACAGCAUCAUUUCAAUCAAUCAGAACAUUUGAAGAUCACUUUCUCUUUUCAUUUCUAUGCCCCAUUGAAAGCUCAAUUCGGCUCUUAGUCUCUUACCGGGCCAACAAUCGACCUGAAAAUUCCUGAUUCCAUCCCUAUAUCACAUCGAAAAAGCCUGAAACUGGACUGAGCCCCGAGGCGGAAAGUCAGUCAGACAACACAAAGAAAGCACAGAACUCAACACGACCAAGAUGAAGCUCGCAAUCUUUAGCGCCAAGGGCUACGACAAAAAGUACUUCAGUCAGGUUCAGGCCGCGCAUGAGAAGCUCUCCAACAUCGACCUUUCAUUCAUUGAUUUCCCCCUCUCACCAGACACAGUCCAGCUCGCCAAAGGUGCCGAAGCAGUCUGCGCCUUCGUCAACGACAACCUCUCCCGCCCAGUCUUAGAGGGCUUAUCAGAUCUUGGAGUGACAACAAUCCUUCUUCGCUGCGCAGGCUUCAACAAUGUCGACUUGGACUGCGCCAGUCAGCUCGGCCUGUCGGUCGCCAACGUACCAUCAUAUUCGCCCGAGGCAGUCGGUGAGUUUGCCGUUGCACUUCUCCAGACGGUGAACCGCAAGACGCACCGGGCAUACAACCGCGUGCGCGAGGGCAACUUCAACCUCGACGGUCUCUUGGGUCGUACCCUGCAUGGCAAGACUGUUGGCGUCGUCGGCACCGGCCGUAUCGGGAUCGCUUUUGCGCGCAUCAUGGUAGGCUUCGGUUGCAAGCUGCUUGCGUACGACGUCUACCAGAACGAGGAAGUCGGAAAGCUCGGUGGAUCUUACGAGUCGCUUGAUGAAGUCCUCUCCAAGUCGGACUUUGUAUCGCUGCACUGCCCACUCAUGGAGGCAACUCGGCACCUGAUCAACAGCACAACGCUGGCAAAAAUGAAGCCAGACGCGAUUCUUAUCAACACGUCGCGAGGAGGCCUGAUUGACACCAAGGCGGUCAUAAAGGCCCUCAAGGCCAGGGAGCUGGGAGGUCUUGCGCUGGACGUGUACGAGGGCGAGGGCGCUCUCUUCUACAACGACCACUCUGCCGAUAUCAUUCAGGACGACGAGCUGAUGCGGUUGAUGACGUUCCCCAACGUGGUCGUGUGCGGACACCAGGCAUUCUUUACCGAGGAGGCAUUGACCGAGAUUGCCGAGUGCUCGUUUAGGAACCUCGACGACUUGGCCAACGGCCGGGAAUGCAAGAACUCGCUCGUGGCGGCUAAGAAGCCAUUGUUGAGAAGGGAGAGCAUUCCUCACCGAAUCUGAAGCUGAAGAUGGUGGUCUGAGUUCUGAGUGUCGUUUUUUGUCCUGGUCUUGGGUGGCGUCUGGUGGGUUGGGUAUUGUUCAGAGCUCUGUGGGUUGGCUCUUGGUAUCUUCUUUGGGAGGUUUUGUCUGAUGUGGCAGCUUAAGCAGCACCUAUCUUGGUCCUUCUCCCCUCGCUCUGAUAGAAAGUCUUUAAAAUAGACAUAUUUUCGAAAGGAGAGAUAUGCGCCCUCAAGUCCAGACAAGAGUGGAGAGAUGCCAGGGAAUAACUCAAGACAACGAGGGUGUGCGAGGUAGGGCGGCACAAAUCCCACGGUCGUUUUUUUUUUCUUUUUUUUUCUCAGGACAAGGGUCAUCACUCCCUCUCCUCCUCUUUGAGGUUAGUGGAUGGCAGGCGGCUUGCGAUCAACGCUAGAACAGGGCGUGCAGUGAAGCACACCCCGAGCAAGCCCCGACGCCGCAGUCUUCUGGUCACACACGACGGAGCAACAUCAGUAUGGGGACGCCGCGAAGCUAAUCCCAUUGUCCUUGCAUGAUCCAGUCGACGACGACUACAGCCAGACGAUGGAGGUCAGCACAUGUUGAGCCAGAAAAUAAGGGACAUGCCAGUGUAUUUAUUCAUGCCAGUCACUACUUACCGUCAGAAAACCCACCAUCCCCAUCCUCCUCCUCGUCUUCUUCCUCCUCCUCUUCAUCCUCUUCCUCCUCCUCCUCAACUUCUUGGCCCACCUGGCCCACCUCCUCCUCCCCAUCCCUCUCCCAUUCCCCCUCCAACCCGGCAAGACCGACCGCCCACGCGGCAGCGCGCAGGACGCCCUCGUCGGGCACGGCGUCCCAGCCCACCACGCCGAACCCGUCGAGCAGCCUCGCGGCCGGCGACGGGACGACGUAGACCCCCUCCCGGAGUAAGGUCGCCAGCGUCGCCAGGAAGUCCCAGCGCCGCUGCGCCUCCCGGUCGAGGGGCGCGUCGUUGAGCGCGUCGCGCGCGGUGCACACGACGGGGCCGUCGUCCAGGGAAAAGGCGGACGGGAGCGAGCAGAGCGUGCCCUCGCGGGCGCACCCGUCGCAGGGACCGCCGCCCGGGCGAGUGCUGGCGUGGCACUGCCGGCUGGCCAGGUGGCAGGCGCGGCAGGGUGGUUGGUGCUGGGGGCGGGCGAGGCCCCCCGUCGUGGUCUGCUGGGCAGACAUUGUUGGUGUUGCUGUUGUUAUUGUUGUUGCUGCUUCUGUUGCUGUGGGUGGUGGUGGAUAAAAUGGUGUUAGUGUUGGGGACUUGUGACCUGCCAAGGGGUAACAAACUCCAGAUAUCGUUGAUGAUACAGACUUACUGGUAGAUUUGUGGUUGUGUUGAAAAGAUGGAAAUGCGGGUCUACAAAUUUCCAGUGGGCUUUUGUAUUUGUAUCUGGUACUUUUUGGCUACUUCUGAUCCCUGGCUCUGUAUGGAGAGAUUUCUCGGUAGCCUAGAAAGCUUUGCCAGCUGCCCGACGACGUGCCUUCCUAUUCAGGAGAAACAACGCUCUUGAACCACAGUGCCGAGACAGCCAGCCUCCAGGGAGCCUUCACUAACCCGUUCUACCGACUCGACUCUCUUAAUGUGCCUGGUGUUUUGCUCCGCGUUAUCAUCCAACUACAUUCACGCAUAUUUAUCCUCCGGUAAUGUUUGGGGAACAUCAUUGUCAAGACACAUUUUUAGAUGAGGAUUUCUAUUGCCUAUGCCCUCAACUUUGGUCGGUCGGACUGGCUCCCACUGUCCACAGCCCCUAGGACAUCAGAUGUGGACGUGAGUCACUGUCAGACAACCGCAUUCAUGUCGACAAGAAGCUCGAUCAGAGAUCCAACCUCAAUCAGCGAAAGUCAACUCCUUUUAUCAGGCCUUGCAGGCUAUAUUACGGGAGCCAUUUCAGGGAAGCUCGGACAUUUUUUUGAACUGCAUCCCCUGAUGCCGCCAACGCAUCUAAUUGUUUGAUGUAAUCUAUGAUUCAUACGAAGGCUCACUCUAUUCCCUCACAUAGAAUCUCCAAAUCGUUUGUGAGCUCUGGAAGGGCUGGUGAGAAUGUGAGGUACGCCGAUGGGUAAUUGGACCAAUGGGGACCUGGUGAUUUACCACUCGCCGAAAACACGAUCAGCCGCAUCGGUCUAUUGAGCAUGGCAGACAACGGGAAGAUUUUUGUCGGUUUUCUUCAGACGUUACGUGAUAACUCUAGUGAUUCUAGCCCGAUGCCGACGUAACAGCUCAUACUUUAGUGGCUAGGGUCUAGCCUUUCUACAGAUAUCUCCUUGUCUACAUUUUGCCACAUCAAAACGGCAAGAGAUAUCACAAAGCACUUUGAAAUAUGGAGGGUAAAAAAGCCUCGAGCGAUCAAUUACACACAUUGUUUACUGGAUGGUUUUAGUAGCUGUGUACCUCGAAGAUUGUUUCCUUCCAGUUCCCUGUUCCUCUACUCUCGGAAACCAUAAAGGUGUCACCAAGUGUUCUCGUUGACGCUGCCCCUUCGUUUUAUGUUUGAGAGCGAAAUCCUUGCCAGGCUUGAGGCUCGGCUGAGCUAGUAUCGAGCACUCUAGUUAGAAGGAUUCCGUGGAUCAUAUCUGUGAGGUCUGUCGCAAGUUCGCAACAGGUACCAGCCUGAUUUGACCACAGCCAUGGUGAUGUAAUUGAGAGGCUGGCUUCAAUGGAAAGCUUCUCGAUUAACGUGAUCAAGGUACUUAUUCAAAUCCCGAGUUGGUGCUUGUAACCAGCGUAUAAUAACAGCACUUGAUCUUGUUGAUUAACAAAAGUCCGUAUUUCCAAUUCCCGCUCCAUUGUCUUCAGCUCGAGGUCUAUUUGACAAAUAUUAAAAGUGCAACAAGCUAAAAUACUUGCUCUCACAAAUGUUCUGGCGGGUAAUUACAUGAAUAAAUAGGUUUAAAGUAAUUAAGGUGUACAAAUAAAAUCACCAACUAUGAAUGUAACAACGCCAAUGUAGCUUCACCCCUAGCCCAUCCUUCGGACUUCCAAGGGCUGGCUGUGGACCUGUGGUAUGGAUAAGAGCAGCCGUUAGUCAGCUUAUAUAUACAUAUUUAGGUAGAUAGGUAGUUUAACACGAGUUAGAUUUGUAGAGUAGAAUGAGUCGGGACGCACAAAUUGACUAGAGUCUUUGAAC